AUGGCAUCUAGAGUAACUGCCAGUUCCACAAAGAUUCUCAACCAGAAAUACAGACGUAGUAAUCGUCAGUCCAGCUACUUUUCCAACAAACAAGAUUCAGAUUCUCAACCCUUAUCAACACUUGGAAGUUUUAAAGCCUUGCCACUGGAAGUCAUCCAAAUAAUCUUAAACUAUUUGUCAGGCGUGCUACUUAAAAGAUGCACAUUGCUGCUGCCCACCAAGGAAAGACUGAGGUGCACUCACAGGAUACUCUCAGAAGUCACCUGUUUUAAAUUCAGUGGUUGUACAGCUCCCUUGCAGUGCUUAGGAUUAUCGUGUUACGGCAUGAUUUUACAGACCCUGACAGCAGGCUGGGAUGACCGCGAGUGCCACCGCGUCUAUAACUUCUUGUGUGAGCUAACCAACCUCUCUCGCAAGAUGCAGACUGUUGUCUGUAACAAACCAGGAAGCGCCCGGAAGCUGGAGCUAAGGAUCAGACUAUUCUGCAGGCACGUCCUGCUUGAUCACUGGGUGCACCAGAGCGACUCCGCUUUCUGGCUGACACGAAUAUUAAAACCAUGGCCGAUGGUGAACCAGGCGCGGUUGCUGUAUAUCAUUUUUGGCCCCACGUCGCCUCAGGAUGGACUGGUGGCUUGGCAGAAAAUGACAGAAGGGCCUACAGAUGAAUCCAGUCUGAAAGGUUUGGCCGAUGCUAUUAAAUUACUGUAUGACACAGGUACCAGAGAGUGGACAGCAGACGAUAUUAUCAGUCUUAUAGACGAACUGUCAGUGGUUCCCCGGGAGUGGCUGCUGGAGAACAAUGCGCACCUCCUGAUCCUCAGCGGGAACAACAUCUGCUUCACGUUCAUGGCCAGCAAGGCUGUCAACGGCCGGGCCCUGGAGCUGGCUCGGCUCGUGGUGUUCCUGGCGCUGGGAACCCAGGGCCCUGUGCACAACCAGCCCUGCUUGAUACGCGUUUUGAAUCUCUGGGUGUUUGUGGCCGUGGGGACUGAACGCAGGGCUCUGUGCACACAGGCCAAGAGCCUGUCGCCGGCCUGCGCCGUGUCCCGAGUUCUUCGGAUGCAGGAGACGAGCGCUGCAUCUUGCUACCGCUGA